AUGGUGAUGGAUUUAAACCAUUGUUGCAAAAGCGAUUGGAUUACGAGGGCCUACUGUGAUGAAAAUGAUGAAAAAGUCAUUGUUUAUGAAUAUGCAUCCAGAGGAAGUCUUGAUAGGUAUUUGAAUGAUUCUUCUCUUACAUGGGUGAAACGGCUUAACAUAUGCAUUGAUGUUGCAAGGGCGUUAGAUUUCCUACACGGAGGAGGUGGAAAACAAGCGAAGGUGAUACAUAGAGACAUCAAAUCUGAUAACAUAUUACUAAACCAUGAUUGGAAAGCAAAACUUGCUGAUUUUGGGCUUUCUUUAAUAAGUCCAUUAACUCAUGAAACAGACUAUGUCUUCGAUCAUGCAUGUGGCACACUAGGAUACUUGGACCCAGGUUACAGAAAUCAGGAUUCUUAA